CCAUGGAAAGCCUGAGAUUCAGCCGAGGUCUCUAAGGGCAGGGUUUGCGGGAGGCAGGAUUGUGCGGGGCGCGGUGGCAGUGUUCCCCAGUGCACCUGGCAGAGACGAGCCCCAGGAGCUGCUGCAGUCCCAGCCCAGCCACUCUGGCAGGGACCGGGGAGGAGGGAGCUGAUCGGCGGGAGCUCCCGAAGCUCCCAGCGCCGCAGCGCGGAUCCGGGGGAAGAUGGCAGCCGCCGCAGAAGCCAUCGCCUUGCGCCUGGCCCGGCAGGAGGAGGAGAUCCGCUGGUUAACAGCCGAGAUCGGCCGCCUGAAGGAGCCGGAGCCGGAGCGCGGCCCGGGAAGCAGCAGCCCGGAGCUGCACAGGCUGAGGGCGGAGAACGAGAAGCUGCGCUACCGGCUCCUGCACCUUCGGCGCAGCCUGACAGCUGAGCUGGGCCGCGGGGAGCAGCGACGGCCGGGCCCCGCAGGAGCCAGCAAGAAUACCUCCAAUGCAGGCCUGACUGCCCAAAAUAAGAAGAAAAAGGAGAAGAAAAAAGAAAACGAAGUUGUGAAUGGGCUUAGGAAUGAGCUGCAGUGUGAGCCAAGCUUCAUAGACGACAGGCUGAAGCAUUAUGAAACACUGAAAAAAGAGCAUGAUGCCUUGCUUGCUUACAGAGCAGCCAACCAGAGCAAGCCUAUAAAAGUGAUUCUGACUGAUGGUAAAGUCAUUGAAGGGGAAUCUUGGCAAACGACACCAUAUCAGUUGGCUGCAGGAAUUAGUCGAGGACUGGCUGAUAAUGCAGUAAUCGCCACAGUGAAUGGUGAAUUGUGGGAUCUGGAUCGUCCAUUGGAGGGAGAUUGUUCACUGGAGCUGCUUACAUUUGAUAAUGAAGAAGCUCAGGCAGUUUACUGGCAUUCAAGUGCUCACAUCCUUGGAGAGGCCAUGGAAAGUUAUUAUGGAGGCUGUUUGUGCUAUGGGCCACCUAUUGAGAAUGGAUUUUAUUAUGAUAUGUACAUUGAAGACAGAGGUGUAUCUAGUACAGAAUUCCCUACAUUGGAGAACACUUGUAAAAAUAUCAUAAAAGAGAAGCAGCCUUUUGAAAGACUAGAAGUCAGUAAGGAGAUACUACUAGAUAUGUUUAAGAGUUGUAAAAUGUUAGGAAUAAAAUGGUUUAUGUCAGAAUUAUUUUGUUGUAGGUGUGGUCCAUUGAUUGAUCUCUGCAGGGGCCCACAUGUGAGACACACUGGAAAAAUUAAAGCCUUAAAGAUUUUUAAGAAUUCUUCUACAUAUUGGGAGGGAAAGGCUGACAUGGAAACAUUGCAGAGAAUCUAUGGAAUAUCCUUCCCUGAUAACAAAAUGAUGAAGGAAUGGGAAAAAUUCCAAGAGGAAGCCAGAAAUCGGGAUCAUAGGAAAAUUGGAAAGGAGCAAGAACUUUUCUUCUUCCAUGAUCUGAGUCCAGGAAGCUGUUUUUUCCUCCCCAAAGGUGCCUUUCUUUAUAAUACACUCAUGGAUUUUAUACGAGAGGAAUAUCACAGGCGUAAUUUUACUGAAGUAGUAUCACCUAACAUCUACAACAGUAAACUCUGGGAAGCAUCAGGUCACUGGCAGCACUACAGUGAAAACAUGUUCUCAUUUGAUGUUGAGAAGGAAACAUUUGCCCUUAAGCCCAUGAACUGUCCAGGACAUUGCUUGAUGUUCGCUCAUCGCCCGCGCUCAUGGAGGGAAAUGCCUAUUAGACUUGCAGACUUUGGGGUUCUUCAUAGAAAUGAACUCUCGGGGACUUUGAGUGGUUUGACUCGAGUCAGGCGUUUCCAACAGGAUGAUGCACACAUAUUUUGCACAAUGGAACAGAUUGAGGAAGAAAUGAAAGGCUGUCUGAACUUUUUGAAGACAGUUUAUGCAGUGUUUGGUUUUACCUUUCAAUUGCAUCUUUCUACAAGACCUGAAAACUUCCUAGGAGAAGUAGAGAUCUGGGACCACGCAGAAAAGCAAUUACAAAACAGUUUGAAUGACUUUGGAGAGCCGUGGAAGUUGAAUCCAGGAGAUGGAGCAUUUUAUGGUCCUAAGAUUGAUAUUAAAAUCAAAGAUGCUAUUGGCAGGUACCAUCAGUGUGCUACCAUCCAACUUGACUUCCAGCUACCAAUCAGAUUUAACCUUACUUAUGUUGGUAAGGAUAGUGAUGAUAAGAAAAGGCCAGUGAUAAUUCAUAGAGCUAUUUUGGGCUCAGUGGAGAGAAUGAUAGCUAUUCUAGCAGAAAAUUAUGGAGGAAAAUGGCCUUUCUGGCUCUCUCCUCGCCAGGUCAUGGUUGUCCCUGUGGGGCCUACUUGUGAAAAAUAUGCUCAGCAGGUUUGCCAUGAAUUUUUUGAAGCCGGAUUUAUGGCUGAUGUUGAUCUAGAUCACAGCUGCACAUUAAACAAGAAAAUAAGAAAUGCACAGCUUGCACAGUAUAAUUUUAUUUUAGUGGUUGGAGAAAAGGAAAAAGCAAAUAAUGCUGUCAAUGUGCGAACAAGAGACAAUAAGGUUCAUGGAGAGAUUUUGAUAACGUCUGCCAUUGAAAAACUAAAGAAACUGAAGAAAUCACAUGCUUUAUAUGCAGAGGAAGAAUUCUGAAAUUGCUGCUAACUGGGAGCCAUGUUAACUGUAAAUGAAGCUGAUUAUUUUUCCUCUUCUCUCUAAUACUGUUGUGCUUAUUUGCAAGGUCUUUGAAUUAAUGCACAAAAAUGUAGCUGAUGUGGGUGCUUUUGGGAUAGUGUGAAGGACAGAUGCAAACCUUGGACUCCUCAAACAAUCACAUGAAUCCAUAGCAACUGGAAAAUUCCAUUUAGAAAAAAAACCCUACACCUAUGCUACAAAAUGUAUUGUUUCUGCUAUAUAAAUAAAGCUGGGGCUCUAUUAAAGUGAUCAAGAGAAAAACACUGGAAAGUGUACUUGCUGCUACUGCUAAAAAACUUAAUCAGAUAGUCAAAAGUAGCUAUGUAAUUUACUUGUCUGGCAUCAGAAACUUGGCAGCUUGUAGAUGAAAUUAAAAUGCUCCUCAUAUAUUUGUUUUGACAUCAGUUUUUCUCAAAUAUUUUUUGUUUGGGCCUGUCUAGUUCCUACUGGACUAAUGUCUACAGGCCAUACACGUGUUGGUACUAUUGUUGUAGGUCUCUGCAGCAAAGACAGGCACUGAAUGGGCAUUAAGAUUGAAUAACCACUUAUUUCAAAGGUGACCACCUAGAGAUAGGUUGAAAUAUACUGCCUAAGCAAUGUAGGCUGUUGUCUGUAGGGUUCUUGUUCUUUGAAUACAUGGAAAACCUCCAUUUAUAGUGCUGUAAACUUGACUCCUUUCACAAGUACUAAAUUCACUUUUAAAAGACUUAAUUUAAAAAAAAA